AUGAAUGCCAAUACCAUUCAUGGGGUAUUGCGUCUAAACCUCCCAAUAGAUAUACUCAAUACACUCCGUAUGGUCAAAGAGUUGGAAAUGCGGAGAAGUUUCCCUAGGAGAUGCGCGAUGCAUGAUUGUACCUGCGUCUUAUCGAUGGGCCUAAAGGUUGAACGGAAAAGAAAGAUAUGCUGGGGCUUAGUUCUGAAUUUUUUGAAGCCUGGUCAGUCGCCAGUCAUAACUCCCGCAGAUGUUAGAUCGAUGCGUCGUAAUUUGUCGGCUCCGCUUCCCUUGUAA